AAGAAGUAAAUAAAAAAAAUGAAUUACUAAUUUUGUAUGGUUCUGUCACUAUUUUUAAAAACAAAAUAUUUUCACAUAUUAUGAAGUAUUGUGCAAUAAUGGAUUCGCAAUUCAUCCUUUGCUGAUAUUGUAGUGAACAAGUAAAUCUGGAUUGUUGUUAUAUCAGUUUUUGUAACAAUAGGCAAAAUAUUGGAUUCUAGAUAUUCAUAUUAUUAAAAAAGUAGGAUUUCAAAUUUCCAUUCAUAAAAUCAUAUAAAUAUAAACCGGGAAUAAAUCUGUUAUUUCAUGUUGAAACCAUGAAUUGCCAAAUAGUUUUCAAUUAGAAUAACUUCAUUCUAUAAUGCAAGAUGUUUCAACAGAUUUAAUGCUUUUCUUAAAAUUUUCAGUACAAAUAUAAUUAUUAUAUAGGAGUAGUUAGGAAUUAUCUCAAUUGUGUAUUUCGUAUAGAGUGAAGAAAACGUUAAAAAUAAAUAAAAAUAAUAAGUACACUUUUCCAGCUGAUUUAUGCUGAUUCCAGUGUCUAAACUAUCUCUAUGUAAUCAACUCAAUAGAAUCAAACAUCGUUUUGACUUCACCCUUUUUCUAUCUAAAAGAAUGUAACCCAGUACUUUUUUUAUUAGAACAAAUAACUAUUAAAAUGGUUUCCUAUUCUUAUACUAGAAUAGAGCUAACAAGUUAUUGAAUUUAAGCCCCAAAUCCUCCAAUAUUCAAUGAUUUUACUUUCUGAAAUACCUAAUUCAAUGUUAGGUAUGUCAUUUAUAUCAUUUUUCCUAUUUUAAUUUUUUGUUAAAAUUAUCACAACGUUUCGAUAUCAUCUUCAGAAACUGAAGGUAAAAGUGUUGGUGUGGUGGUAACAUGUACAGUGUAAUCAGUAUGAAUAUCAGGAAUGGUUCCAGAACUUCCGACUUAGUUGUUUUUCAUUAAUAAAUCCAAGUUUACUCACCUAUAUAAGUUAAGUUAUUAAAGUAAAAUUGUUGUUCAAAUAAUGCAAAGUUUGCUAACAAAUAAGUAUAAUAAAAUGGAUUCUACUUUAUAUAAAUACUCUAUAGUACCUCGACGUAGAAAAUAUUAAAACAAUAAUAAAACUGUGCCAUGUAUCUGAGAAGGAAUAAAUGAGAAAAAAACAUUUACAGCUUGCACGGCGGGAUACGGACAAGUCUUCAAAUUAUUGAAUGUGUUAUUGUGAAGACUAUAUUGAUGUAAGUUUUCAUCUGCUUUUUUGUAUCAUCCUACUUCAUAUCAAAAGAAAGGUUUGUUUGAGAGAAAUACUUCAGUUUCUAAAUAACUUGAAAAUACAGUAAAAAAUAAAAUCUCUAAUAACGCAUUUACAAAUUAAUAUAAGGAUUUUGUAUUUUUAAAUAAACCGCCAAAAAGUUGUCUUAAUGUCAUGUGGCGUGUGUGUCGUCACGUUACUUAAACAUAUAAAUUAGUGUUAUAAGUUGCAGCAAGGUAUACAUAAUAUAUGUAAACAUGAGUUUGAAACUUUAUUACCAAUAUUGUAUAGUGCCUUUCUGUGAAAAUAAUACAAAACAUGCUCCUGAUAAGUUAUUUAUUCCGGUACCACGUCAACCAGAAAUACGAAAACAAUGGUUGGAGCGUGCAACGAGAGAUUGGAAACGACUAUCUUUCAAAACUACAAUGUACUUUUGUGAAGAUCAUUUCGAUUUGCCAAAUGAUAUGAAUAAUUAUAUGGAAUAUCAUAUUAUGGGAUCUGUAUCACAAGUACGUUUGAAACCAGGUUGUUUGCCUAAUAAAUUUGAUUGUCAACCGGGCAGACGAAAACGAACAUGUCACAAUUCAGAACAAUUAGAUAUUUUAAAGAAACAAAGGAAAAUUAUAAUACAGGAAUGUUUAAAAGAAUCAGACAGCAACAAAUCUGGUCAUACUAAUGGCACUAACCCAGCUCCAGAAGAUACUUCUAUUAAAACUCCAGUUUCGCCCAAAGAAUACAAUUACAAAUUACAAUUACAAACUUUUAGAACACCAGAUAAACCUGCAGGAGCACAUGAAUAUAGUAGUAAAGUUAUUUCUGCCAAUAUAAAGCGAGUGGAUCAAAAAUCAUCAUCGAUUAGCUCUUCACAUAAAUCAGUUUCGACAUCUCCAUGUAAAGUUGAAGCUCCAAAAAAAUUAAAGCCAUCUAGUACCAGUGUUAGCAGAAUAUCAAAGAAAAUAUUAAAGGAAAAAGAACGCUCGAAUGAAACUGUUAAUGAAAAUAUACAGACUAUAAUUCAUAGAGAAGUUUCACCGUCAAAAACUAGGAAAUAUAAAAGGCCUUCUGUGUCACAAAUGAAAUCAGAGGACACAGAAAACAUUAAGAAUAAUAAUGAAAACCCUUAUAUACCGGCUUCGUCAAGUAUAUUAAAUGAUAUAGCAUCGACUUUUGACCAAGUCAUUGAUAAACUAACUGGACAUAAGAAACAUAGUGAUUCGGUAGAUUUGGUGCCUUCGAUAAAAAUAUCAGAUGAUAUAAAACGAUUGGAAAAAUAUGUGAAAACCGUAGGAAAACGGGUGCACGAAUAUUCGCUUGAAGUAUCAGUUCGAUCAUCAGUAUUAGAUCACAAAUGUCUCAGUUCACAAGAAGAUGAACAUCAACGACUGACAAUAGAAAUAGCUAAGCUGUGUAGCGAAUUGGCAUAUUUAGAAAACCGUUUAAUAAAUCCCAUUACAAAAUAGAUGGCACCAUUUGAAAGCAGGCAUAUUUUUUUACAUGUAGAUGAUAGUCCGACUAUUUUACAAAAAAUCAUUAGAUAAUAUUGAAUUAAAUUUUUGAAUUGAAUAUUGAAUUAAAAUUGAUUAAACCAUUUUUUAUUGUAAAA